AUGGGUUCCCAUACGGAUUCUUUACAGCCGCUCGACGCAUCUAAACUGACGUAUGCCUACACUACCACCCCACGAGAGGUACCCGAUGCCAAAUUGCUUGCAAGCAAUCGCAAGACAAUCUGUACGGAUCACAUGAUUGUUGCCUCUUGGGAUGUCGAGAAUGGCUGGUCCACGCCCGAGCUGAAGCCCUAUGGUCCUUUCAGCCUUCUACCGAGUGCAUCCUGCCUCCACUACGCGUACGAAUGUUUCGAAGGACUGAAAGCAUAUCGCGGCUAUGACGGAAAACUCCGGAUGUUCCGAACCGACCGCAAUUCUCGCCGCCUGCUAAUGUCCGCCGAGCGGAUUUCCCUUCCUCAAUUCGAUCCGGACGAACUGGAGAAGCUCAUAUAUAAGUUGCUCUCGGUGGAUGGCGCAAAGUGGCUCCCGAAGAGCCGCGCCGGGGAUUUCUUAUACGUGCGCCCGACCAUUAUUGGCACGGACUCCCAGCUUGGCGUUGCAAGGCCAACAGAGGCUCUGCUGUACAUCAUUGUUGGAUAUAUGGCUCGCAUGGAUACACCUACUGGCGGCAAACGCUUGCUGACGAACCCGGAUGAUAUGGUACGCUCCUGGGUGGGUGGGUUCGGUUAUGCUAAGGUCGGCGCGAACUAUGGACCAUCGGUACUGGCCACCCAGGAAGCCUAUCGUCAGGGUUAUCACCAGGUACUCUGGUUGUACGGCCCCGAAGGUGACUGUACCGAGGCAGGCGGGAGCAACUUCUUCGUGAUUUGGAAGCGCAAGGAUGGAAAGAAGGAGCUCGUUACAGCCCCGUUAGACGAUCAGCUCAUUCUGAACGGAGUCACCCGCCGAAGUUGCCUCGAUCUGGCGAAGGAUCGACUGAAGGAUGAACUUGAGGUCACUGAGCGCAAGUUUACCAUCGGUGAAAUUCAGGAGGCCGCUGCAGACGGCCGACUGCUGGAGUCAUUUGCUGCCGGGACAGCUUGGUUCAUUACUCCGAUUGCCUUGAUCCACCACCGUGGAAAAGACAUCAAUAUACCAACUGGUCCUGAUGGAACACCGGCUGAAAUCACAGGGAAAAUAAAGGGAUGGCUGGGCGAUAUGAUGUAUGGGCGUGUCGAGCAUGAAUGGGCAAGAGUGGUGCCCGAGAAGGAAGUCAAUUGA